CUUUUUGAUUUUUACGUUUUAAAAACCAACCUUUUGCUUUGCGUUUGCGGAUGGGGAACGACGUGAGUGCGCAGACGCCACUGCCAGGCGCGGAUGACAGCAAUGGUGCCCGACUGCUUGACCACGAAGCAGCGGCGGCGAUGGCGGCGGCUGCGGACCCGCGGGCGAGAAGCACGAGCGUCGGGUUGCUGGACGACCUCUUCCUGCUCGACCAGGAUGCGAAUAACGACUCGGACUCGGAUGGCGACCCCAACGACGACGACGCGCAUCACCAUCACCAUCAUCAUCAUCAGCAACAACAUCACCAUAAUACGAGCAGUAGCAUGGACGAGGACUGCUGCGACGAGUUCUUCGGGCAGACGUUCGGGUUGAACGGCGAAGUGACGCUUGUUGUGCGGUUUGCCGAGCCAAAGCUGCACGUCGUCCUCUGCGGCUCGUUCAACAACUGGAACAACUCGCUGGUCGACAUUCAGCAUCAGCAACAACUGCAGAGUGAUCACCAUCAUCAGCAGAAUAACACUGCGAGCAGCAGCAAUAGUGCCAUCGCGAGCAACAGCGGGAUACUCAUGCGACCGCUCGUCCUCACCCGCUCCCAGCUCGAGCGUCUCCACGCAAGGCAGCGCGCCGUCCUCCACGCCAAAGUCAAGCUGCGCACCAUUGCAGAAGCAACCACACCUUCGUCAUCGUCGUCCGCGUCGCUGGCGUCGCUGGCGUCGGGGAGCAACCAUGGCGACGCCGCAGCAACAGCAGCAGCCGCGGAGAUAAACGCGAAUCGGGCCCAGAUGAAGAACGCUGGCCUUCCGACCGCGCAGGGCCCGGGUCAGACCGACAGCGGCGGCGGCCCCAGACUCGGCGCCACCAAUGAAGACGCGCGACAGAUAGCGGCAGAGCUUGUGCAGUCGACCUUGUCGCAGUCGCUGAGCGCGACGACCGAAGGCGCCGUUUCCGAGUUUGGCGCGCACUUCUUCCCGCGAGCGGCCGAGCAGGCGUUGCAACACCACCACAGCUCAUCCGACCACCAACGAAGCCACCUGCAUCAUACCUGGGCCACUACCAUCUUCCUCGACCCAAGCAAGCCCGGAGAAGCAUACACGUACAAGUUCUAUGUUGACGGCGAAUGGGCUCAGCAUGUACGCUCGCGCCAUCGUGUGCCCGACGGUCAUGGCGGUUACAACCACAUGUUCACGGUACCGGCAUUUGACACCAACUCUGCCAGCAGCGGCAACGGGAACAGCGCCAAUUCGGCCGGGAAGAACGUCGCCACGGGCUCGGUCUUGUUGGCGCCUAAAACGCGCCUUGGCGUGGAUCCGAGCAUGACACUGACACCUUCGGUGUCGACGGAGAACGCAUCGGCCGACUGGAGCGAGAUCUCGCCGACAGACCUUGCGAGCAGCGCGUCGCUCCAGACAACUCAGUCUCGUCUGAUACGCGAAUUGAUUUCCAACCAGGGCACGGAAGAGCUUGGCCUCAUGCUUCAGUUCAAGCAGCGCGAAGAGCGCGCCAUACGCUUUCGUAAACAUUACGCCUCGCUUUCGCCAGACGCCAAGAACGCGCUGCUUGGAAAACUCGCCCACGAGUUCCGAUACACUGAUGCCGAGUUGUCGCGCAUCGAGUCGACGCUGGCUCAAGUCCUUGACCCCAAGAAUGACGAUGGUGGGAGCAAUUCACCGACAACCACUGCUGCCUCGCUUCGUCAUCACGCGCUUGCCCUAGCUGCUCGUGAUGCUCUGCAUAUUUUUGCUCCUGCCUACGACAACAUGUUUGAUUCGAUCGCAUCUUCCGAGGGAGGUGUCAAGUUCCUGGUCUCCUUCCGAGCAGACUUGCUCUCUCACAUUCGUGCACUCAAGCAACAACUGAGAAAGAGCGCAAGCAUCGCAAAGCCGACGAUUGCCGUUGCUGCUGCUGCUGCUGCGCCAUCGCCGCCCAACACGCCUCCUUCGCCAUCGCAAGACGAAGCUUCUACUGUGGCCGAGCUUGAUUUGCUUUCGAACAGCCUCAUGCGGAAGUUGUCAUCCUGGUUUAUUGUCGACAUUUUGCAAAUCCGCGCAAUUGCACCUUCCGACUCGCCGAUUCUCAAGCGAUACGUGAUUGAGCACGAGGCUGUACAUCCGUUCUCUUCAUGGGCUGAUUUCACACGUCGCAUCGAUGGACACUGUCGCCGCACCUUUGGUCUCUUCCACCCAAGCAUGCCCCUUAUGCCACUCGUCUUCCUGGAAGUAGCUUUGACCCAAGGUCUUGCCAGCAAUGUGCACCACAUACUGAACGGUGAAGAGGAAGGAUCCGUGGCCACCCGGAACACUGCGACAUUUUACUCAAUCAAUGCAACCCAAGACGGGCUGUCUGGCAUGGACUUGGCUGGUCACAUGAUUUACCGUGCCAUGACCAAGCUCCAAGCCGAGGGUUGGAUGAUGCCCGCCCUGCACCAAGCGAUUGACUCGCCAACCUCGUCUGGCCGCGACUCGCCCGCUUCUGUUACAUCCAACUCGUCAGAUUUGGCGCAUGACUCGCCAAUUCCCAGCCCUGACUUGAGAAAGCGCUUUACGCGCAAGCUGUCCAUGUCUGGCAGCCAAGACCUCGUCAUUUACGCCACCUUGUCGCCCAUACCUGGGUUUGGCAACUGGCUCCGCGCCGAGUUUGAUGCCAGCGCUCCGUCGCUUGCCAUUUCGGCUGCUGACGAAGACAUGGCCACCCUUCGCUCGCUUGCACUCAAGCGCGGAGCGGUUGCGGCAGAGGUGUCUUCCUCACUGUUGCUCAAAACAAUGCUCGCUGGUAAUUUUGCGUCGGAUGCCGAGCUUUCUGCUGCGCUCGAGAGACCAAUGCUACGGCUUUGCCUGCACUAUCUCCUGGACGUCAAACAGGGCAAGAAAACCGCCGACCCUGUCGCCAACUUUCACAUGGGAAACGGCGCCGUCCUGGAGCGUCUUAAUUGGGGAGCGUGGCUGUCGCCGAAAGGGUUGCGUCAGUCGUUUGGCAUCAUGGCCAAUUAUCGGUACAGCGGAGACGUCAGCGCCAUCACAAAGCGCGUCAAAGAAUACAAGUCGGACGGUGUUGUCCAUGCCGCGCCCAGUCUGGCACGCUGGAAGUCGCUUCGCGAUGUGUUCCGCGCGACAGCCAAGUUUAUUUUACGCACCGGGUCGCAACACUCGCCAUUAAUGAGUGUCUCGUCAGGGACGGCCUUGAUAGCAGAAACGGAUUCUGACGAAGCACCUCGUUUGUCUGCCGUUGUUGAGCCACCGACAAGUACGCUGCAAUCUGCCUGAGAAAACAAAACAGUGGCAUGGCACCAGUUCACUUUUGUUGCCGUUUUUUUUUUCAAUCACCCCCUAGUGUUGUUCCCAUUACAUGAAUUUGCGUAGGUUUUGUUCAUGUAAUGAAUCAACAGUUGAUGAAAUGGAGAAGAAAGUCAGUGACUUGCUUGUGUUGUGUUUUGAG